AUGUCGGCGAUCAAGAGAACCGCGCCCCCUGCGAUGGAAGCAGCUUCCGCUUCUUCAAAGAGACCCCGUCAAGAUACCGACGAGCCUGGUCUUCAUGUCAUCUUCGUUGCCACCAGCCACCACAACGAUAUCGGUGAAGAAGGCCAUGACUGCAGAAUCCCCUGCGACCCAUCUCUUGGCUCGUUUGAAGCUGGCGAUGUCCUAGGCAGUUUGACCCCUCAGAGACUUCAGGAACUGGAAGUCGAUCUGGGUCCUGGACUUGUCAGCAACAUCGGCCCCAAAGAGAUACAGACGAAUGGUCUACUCGACUUAGCUGCUCGUCUCGCAAGAUCACAGAAGUUCAAACCAAAGCUGAUUCAGCCCGUCUGGAACGACCGUGUCGUCCUUCUUCAUCAGCAGGUUCUCACCAUGCUUUGCGCUGAAAGAACUCAACGCGUUACGGUUGAGUACUGCACUCUCGACUGGAUCACGCGCCUCAUCAAGAAAGGAGGCAAUUCUCUCGCUGACCAGUUUUGCGACCACAACCGCCCCAUUGUCUUCUACAUCCCACUUGAACCAAAAGAUUGGAGCCUUCAUCCUAAAGUUCGCUCUCUCUACGAAGCCAUCGAUGCACUCCAGCAUUUGUUCAACAACGUCAGCGUUUAUCCGACACAUCACGAGAGCUGGAACUACGGAUUCAAAAUUCCCGACAUCAAGGCACUGGAUUGUAUCGCAACUAAAGACUCCACACCCGAGCCAUACAGUCACAGGCCCAAGACAUGCCUGGGCACUGGACCCUGCGGCCUUGACGAAACACAGGGGUCGUCCCAAUUCGUCAGGUUCGCGCUGAGUGAUCACGCGGACUACAUACAUCAUGUCAAAAUCCCGAACUACAACAAGUCCAUUCACGACCAGCCCUUCACACAGGAAUCAGACACCGUCAAGAGAGUUAUUCACCAGCAGUGUUUUCCCUCUGUCUCUGAAUGGGGUUACAUCCGCGUUUUCAUGGUCGGCAAUCGGAUCAUUACCCGCAGCUUCACCUCAAGCGACCAACGAAACGUACACAGCACAUCUACUCUUCGCUCCGAUUGCCACUUCGACUUUCGCGCCGAUGGUCUUCGAGUUCCAGAUGCGGACCCAGAAGUGACUGAGCGACAGGAGGCAAAGCUGAAGGAACUCGACAGCUUUUGCAAGUGGUGGCAGCAUCAGCUCAUUACGCAUGAUCCUGAACUCUUUGAGUCUCUCAAUGUCGGAUGUGUCUUGAGAAUCGGCCUGACUGAAGCAAGUCUUGAUGGAAAGUUCUUCAUCAUCUCGGUUCACAGAUGGUUUGCGUCUCCCUUUUUCAGCAUGGACUUGACAGCCAAGCCCUUCGAUCAGUUUUGCAAGGCAUUUGGGGAGCAGUUUGCACGAGUGUAUGGGUCCUUUGCUGCAGCGGAUGUGCCGGAUAUUUGA